UCAUUCGCUGCUACUGAACUCGAGCGACUUCAAGGUGCUCCGCGCCUGCUGCCCGGUUGCUGCCGCCGCUGCGGCUCUCUGUCCCUCAAUGUGCCCCUCCACUAGUGCUGUGGCGAUCUUGCGGCCAUCAGGAGUCCCACUUGGGAAGCGGAGGCCAGUGGGAUACUUGACGACAAUGGAUCUGAGACGUGUGAGCCGCCGGCCCCACUCGAAGGCAUCACCGAAGGACAGACCGCACCAGAAGCGCCGCUCGGCCGUGUCGUAGGCGUUCAUCACCAGAUGGGUGAUCUGGGAGCCGACGGGGCGCCACAGCCGCUGCGGCAGCGCCGCCACCCAAUGAAGCGACAGGAACGAGAAGACGUAGGCAACGACAACAGGCUGAGUGCCAACACACACCACACAGAGAGAGAGAGAGAGAGAGAGGAAACAAUGAGGACGUGUGUAUGCUUGCCGAUGGUUCUGUUGGUGCAUACAAUUUGGCUGAAGCGCUGUGCAAAGGCCUCCAGAUCUAUGCGGUGCGUGACUUUCGACGGCGCCACCUGCUGCUGCUGCUGCAGCUGCUGUUGGCCCUCCAAGUCGUUCCCCUCUCCCUCGGCCAUCCGCCUCCGCCGCUUGGAUGCCGACUCACUCACAUCUGUUGUCUAUCUACCAAACAUGCGUCGCCUGCCGACAGCGGUGCCGAGCCGGAUUUCAACCAACUGCGACGGGGUGGUUGGUUGGUUGGUCAGUGUGUUUAACGACUCGUGGGGUGAGCUCCGGCCAGACGAAC